GGUUAUGUCAUAUAAACCUAACUUCACUGUGAUGAUCUAAAAUAAACCUUUUUAAUUAAAAAAAUAUCAUUUUUAAUUAGAAUAAGUUAAAAAAAUGACUUCGCUUGGAGGUUAUGCAGAGGAAUACGGGGACGAUUUAGAGCAAACUUUAGUGUUAGCCGCUGCUGAUGCUGAUGCUAGAAAUGAAGAAUACGCAGAAGUGCCUGUUAAGGAAGAUGUGCAACCAGAUGAUCCCCAAAAAGAUAGUUCAGAUGAAGAGAAAAAAAUAGUAAAUGAUCCAGGCCCAGCUGCAAAGAAACCAAAAUAUACCCACGAAGCUGUUGAAAAUGUAUCAAAAGUAGUGGCUAAACAUUAUAAUAAUUUGGAGGAAAAAGGUUUGGAUGAAAGGGCUAUGUCUAGGAUCUUUUUUAUGCGUAAUUUUCAUAAUUGGAUAAAAAGCAUGUUGAUAAACGAGUAUUUAACAAAGAUUAAGUCUACAAAAAAACAUAAUGCGCCUAUUCGCGUACACGAUAUGUGCUGUGGUAAAGGGGGAGAUUUAUUAAAAUGGCGUAAAGGCAAUAUUAAUCAUUUAAUUUGUUCCGAUAUCGCAUCGGUUUCGUUAGACCAAUGUAAAGCUCGUUACGAUGACAUGAAAACCCGUAAUUUUCGUGAUCGCGGUCCGACCAAUCUUUAUUCAAUCGAAUAUAUUGUCGCCGACUGUACCAGAGUUAGAUUAAGAGAAAAAUAUAAAGAUCCUUCAUUAAAAUUAGACUUAGUAAGUUGUCAAUUUGCGUGUCAUUACAGCUUUGAAAGUCUCUCCCAAGCGGAAUGUUUAUUAAAAAACGCCGGGGAGUGUCUUCAACCAGGCGGAUUUUUCAUAGGAACCAUCCCUGAUGCAAACGAAUUAAUAGCGCGUUUACAAAAAUCAAAUUCGAACGAUGACUCAUUCGGAAAUAACGUUUAUAACGUUUAUUUCGAGUGUAACACAACAAAACCGGCCCUUUUUGGGGCAAAAUACAACUUUCAUUUGGACGGCUGUGUUGAUUGUCCCGAAUUUUUGGUGCAUUUCCCAACCUUUGUUAAGUUAGCGAAAAAAUUUGGGUUAAAAUUGGUUCGUAUGGAGAAAUUCCGAGAUUUUUUUGAACGGAUGAAAGACGAGGGUUCAUUUUUACUUUCAAAUAUGAAAAGUUUAGAACCUUUUCCAUGUCAGGAUAGAAAUGGACUUGUUGGAACCGAUUCUGAUGAUUAUUUACAUGCCAAAUCUUAUUUGAAGGAGUAUCAACCUACAAGUAUUAUUGGAACUUUAUCAAAAUCGGAGUGGGAAGCUUCUUCUUUGUACCUAACUUUUGCAUUUGAAAAGGUGAAGAAUACUUGGAAUGAAAAAGGUGAACCUGUUUAUGAUAUCUGAAUGAUGUAUUUUAAGUUGUAAAUGACUUAAGUUUUUAAUAAAUAAUAAUACUUCAUCUAAAA